AUGUCAGCCUUUGUUGUGGUGAAUGUAGACGGCUCACUGGUUCAGCAUCCUCUAACCUGCCUGGGUUCCUUCAACCGAGCGGAGGAGGGUUGGAGGAGAGACAAUGACUGGGUGUGGCGGAGAGAUGGAGAGGAGGAUGAGGAGAUCCUAUGGAUGAUGGGUGAAGAGGAGAAGAAGAGGGGGAACAGCUUCCUUGUCAACCUGGAAGAGAGAACUGGAGGGGGGAUAUUUACAUGUCACAGCCUGGAUAAAACCCUCCUGAAGAAUACUACGGUGCUGGUCAAACACUUGGACGAAGAGAAACGCAUUCUUGAAGGAUCCACUAGCACAGGCUUUAUGAAAUGUUCAACACGGAACUACCAAGGAGAGUUCCACUGCUCCUGGAAAUUCACCCCUACACGUUUUGGGACUGUUAUGUUUGUCAAAGUGGCACGUGGCCUGUCCGAUGCUGAGAACAUCAGCUGUUCUGUGGACACCAGUGGACAGCAGUGGACAUGUUCCUCUUUGUCUGGCCAGAGUAACAUCAUGUGUUCUGUGAACAGUAGUGGACUGGGGGUGUCCUGUGUGGACAGACAGUAUUGCCCUUAUGCUGAGGAGACUGACCGGAUCACCCUGACCAUCUACAUGAGGACUAACUACCUGCUGGAGGAAUACUCCAAAUGCUUCUACAUAUCAGAGAUAGUGAAGCCAGACAAUGUAUACAUUAAGGAGGUGAACAGCAGUACUAUAGAGUGGAGCUAUCCUGUCUCCUGGAACAGACCCAUCUCCUACUUCCCCCUCUCCUUCCAAGUCAAAGAGAUCGAAGGCAGAAAGUGCAAGAAUGGGUGCACGUGUGAUUCUCCCUACACAGAGGUUCACACCACAGAGAGCAGCCAGUGGUCAGUCAAGGCCAAGGUGACGGUGUGUGUCAGGGCCCAGGAUGCCCUCUGUGACUCCCCCUGGAGUGACUGGACAGAGUACAGGUCAGUACCACACUCUCUAGUCUACUGUAUUCAGCAGAACCUCUCCUCGAGGACCCCCAGCUGUUCCAUGUAG